AUGGAGGCGAAGAUGUUCUCGCCGCCGCACAGCCGUUCCCUCAGAGCUCGAGCGCCACCGUCGCGGCCGCGCGCCGUGUCCCUCCGAUGGCUGCGAGUCAGCGCUACAACCGGUGACGGUCCCCUGGAGGAGGAGGACGGCGGCGUCUCGGAGGGGAAAUCGGCGGCGGCGCCGCGGGCGCCACCAGGGACGCUGAAGAUCCGGUACCGGUCCAUAUCGCGGAAGCAGGCGAGGAAGCGGGAGGAGGAGGAGAGCGCGGCCGCGGCGGCGCCCCCGCCCAAGCCGCCGGCGAAAGCCUGGGAGGAGAUGACUGUGGGGGAGAAGGCGGUGGAGCUGUACGUUGGUGAGAAGGGGCUGCUCUUCUGGCUCAACAAGUUCGCCUACGCCUCCAUCUUCAUCGUCAUCGGAGGUUGGAUCCUCUUCCGGUUCGUCGGCCCCUCCCUCGGCUUCUACCAGCUCGACGCCGCCCCCCUCUCCCCCUCUUCCUUGCUCAAAGGAUAA